AUGGUUUUAUGGGAGCAUGUGAAUGAAUUAUCAAUGGAAAUUCCACUAGAAGAAUCCCUUAAUUAUGCUACAGCUUUAUUGUCCCAGUUAGAACGAAUUUCCGAUUCUUUACCGAAAUCCGUACGAAAUGUUAUCGAUGGACAGUCGUUGGCGAUGACUAGACAUGUCAGUGAAUCAAAACAGAAAGGAAUCAAUUAUUCAGAUCUAUCGUCUAUGUACGACUAUUCGCCGACCCUAUUAAAUGAAGAAUUAGAGGUGCUGAUGGAUAAUGAAAUGUAUGAAUGUAUGAAUUUAACACCUUGA